CCCGCCCACCGAGGCCCCCCAUUGGCUGCGUCCCGCUCAGCCCUCCUUUGACUGACGGGCCUUGUGUGGGCCUAUUGAGGCCUGUGAAGCCACGGACUGGGAGUUGUAGUUCGCCCUCAACCGGGGACACUGGGACCCCCACCCAGGAUGGGCCCGGACCGCCCUCGGCACACGGAGCCCCCAAGGACAUGAGAGUUCUCUGGAGCCACCCCUGCCAUGAUGGGAAACGAACCAGCUUCUAGUAGAUAUUGAGGCAUUUGGAAACCAAAGUGCAGUAAGAAAACCAGUCCUCUAGGAAAAAGGAUUCCUCUCAAGGGGCUGAUCUUGCUGAAUUCCUACAUUCACUUUGGAUUAUAGAGUAGAACCAUAGAGUCGGAAGAGACUGUAUGAGGCACCCAGUCCAGGCCUCUGCCGUGCAGGAAAAGCGCAAAGUACCCCUGACAGAUGAGCAUCUAGCCUCUGUUUAAAAGAUUCCAAAGGAGCUUUCACUACAUUUUGAGGCAGAGAGUUCCACCGCUGAACAACUCUUACAGUCAGGAAGUUCUUCUUAAUGUUCAGAUGGAAUCUACUUUCCUGUAAUUUGAACCCAGUGCUGUGAGCAAUCAGAAAGGGAAAAACAAGAAUCAAGUGUUCUUAUUGGAAUUAAAUAUACAUAACAUUGCUGACAUGGAGGAGAAAGCAUAUAAAUGUAUCGAAUGUGGAAAGAGCUUUAGUCAGCAUGGAAAGCUGAAGACACAUCAAAGGACUCACACUGGGGAGAAACCCUAUAACUGCCUGGAGUGUGGACAGAGCUUUACUCAGAAGGGAAACUUAAAUACACAUCAAAGGACUCACACUGGGGAGAAACCCUAUAACUGCCUGGAGUGUGGACAGAGCUUUGCUUGUAGUUCAGGACUACGUUCACAUCAAAGAACUCACACUGGGGAGAAACCCUAUAACUGCCUGGAGUGUGGACAAAGCUUCACUCAGAGUCCAGGUCUCCGUGUACAUCAAAGCACUCACACUGGGGAGAAACCCUAUAAGUGCCUGGAGUGUGGACAGAGCUUUACUCGGAAGGGAAACUUACUAACACAUCAAAGAACUCACACUGGGGAGAAACCCUAUAAGUGUCUUGAGUGUGGACAGAGCUUUGUUCAUAGUUCAAGUCUUCGUUCACAUCAAAUGACUCACACUGGGGAGAAACCCUAUAAGUGCCUGGAGUGUGGACAGAGCUUUGCUCGGAGUGGAGCUCUACGUUUGCAUCAAAGCACUCACACUGGGGAGAAACCCUAUAAGUGCCGGGAGUGUGGCCAGAGCUUCGCUCAUAGUUCAGACCUACGUUCACAUCAAAGGACUCAUGUGGUGUAUUGUAGAAAGAUUGAACUAAAAUACAGUGUUCCCUCGCCUAUCGCGAGGGUUAGGUUCCAGGACCACCCGCAAUAAGUGAAAAUCCGCACCAGUCUCUCAGUCUCUCUCCUCAGCCUCAGCCUCUCCAGCCUCUGCGCCGCCAUCUUCCUUCUGCCUUCCUUCCCGCCUCACAGAGAGAGAGAGAGAGGGAGAAGGCCAGGCCUCGGCCUCCUUCCCCAGGGCCGCCCCCCUCCCCCUCCUAUUGGCUGAGCCCGUGACGCCCCGCCCAGCGGAGGCUCCCCAUUGACUGCAUGCCACCCCCAGCCUUGAUUGACUGGCGGCAAGGCGGGGCUUGUGCGGGCAGAGAGCGCCGUGAAGCCAAUUGGCAGGCAGGCCGGAGAGGCCGCGGAGGGGAGGGCGAGGCACUAGGCUCCUAUGGAUUUUAUUUAUUUAUUUACAGUAUUUAUAUUACUCCGUUCUUUUGAAGGGGCCCUAAGCCAGGAAAUAGUAAUCUUUUGCCUCGGUGGCUUUGCCUCUCCCUGUGAGCUGGUGCCUUUCUCCAGGAAGUUCCAAGGAGAGAAUAAAGCUCAGAGUAAACAAGUUAGGUCACUGGUAUCACUUGGGCCAAGUGGGUGUGGAAGGUGAGGAAGACCCUCAGGCAUUGGUCAAUUUUAGAUAAGCCAAGAUAUAUAUUCUUUGUUAACUGCGCACAUGUUGCGACGGCCAUUUGCAUGGUACGGACCCACUAAAGACCCACUAAAGGGGGUGCCUACGGCUGUUUGCCUUCUCAUCCUCUGUGAUAACAAUAAAAGGCUUGUUUUCUGGC